UAUGUACAUCAAGUGCAGGCUGUCGUCCUUCGCUACACGUGGUCAACGACUCUCACUAAGCCGCUUCUUCCCUCAGUUUUUUUCUGCGAUCGCUAACUCGUGGUCAACAACUGUUACUAGAGCCACUUCUUCCUAAGUCGGACUUUUUCUGCGAAAUAGGGAUCGCGUGCAAGAUAGAACGAGAGCAAUCAAGAUGGAGUAUCUCUUAGUCCGAUCAGCUGUAGCCCUGCUGCUCUCAUCGGUGAUCUCCGCGGGAGCGCUCAGGCGGAAGUCGCUCGAUCUAUCAGGGGCUUUAUCAGGGUUCUUAGUGAUGGCGAUCCACAUCACGUGCAGUUACAGGUUUGGGGCUCUCCUCCUAGUUUUCUUCUUCACUUCAUCCAAGCUCACCAGGCUCGGAGAGAAGAAGAAGAGGAGCGUCGACGAGGAGUUCAAGGAAGGAGGGCAGCGGAACUGGUGAGUUUGUG